AUGGGCUCCGAAAGAGAAGUCGUUGCGGAAAUUCCGCCGCAACCAGAAUUGGACACCAAGUCCGACACCACGGACGAUGACCUCUCCCCGUCCCUCAACACGUCCCCCGCCGUUCCGACCCUUCGCUCGACUCGCGACCCUUCCGGCGGGCUCAGUGCCUCAUCUACACAUCUCGGUCAACUCAAUGCCGCCCGCCGGGGUGAAGGGGGUGCCCCGCGAUCUCAGGGACCGCUUCCCCAGCGACCCCAGCCGCAACCGUCGAUGAGCGGCGUCGCCCCAGGAGGAUUGAACCAGGAUAUUAUGGCUAAGAUGAAGGCCUUCUCGCUCUCCCGACAGGGAGCUCCUCCGUCGCUGCCGCACGCCGCCUCGACAGGUGCGGUCCCUCGCUCCCCCGACGCUGUCCGGUCGCCUCCCGGUCCGGCUGCCAACGGUCCUUUGGCAGGGUCAAUGGGAGGACGGCUGCCGCCCGUGGCCCGUCCCGGCAACAAGAACUGGCAAUCCUCCCCUUCGCUUCAAGCGUCCUCGCCGUCGAAUUCCCCGAAACCCGGCGGCCUGGCCGCCAAACGUAUGAAACCCGGGUUGAAGUUAUCGGAUGCCACGGGGCCGAGCGACUCGUCCGGCGACAAACCGUCUGAGAACGGCGCGCCCACUGAGUCGGCUUUUAGCAAAUACUCCGAAUACAUCGACACGCAGGCAGGGACCUUAAAUUUCAAGAACAAAGCCGUUCUCCAUGGCGGUGGAAUUGAAUUCUCCUCGGGGCAUAGCUUCAAAAUCUCACUUGACGAGGUGGACCGUAUGGACGAGCUAGGGAAGGGCAACUACGGGACGGUUUACAAGGUUCGACAUAGUCGGCCGCAUAUGCGCAAACCGGGCAUGGGACUGCGAGGUAUCGUCAGUCGACCCGACGAGUCAGAUACGCCGAAGCCGAACGACAACCUAUCGGGUAUCAUCAUGGCGAUGAAAGAGAUCCGCCUCGAAUUGGACGAGAGCAAGUUCGCCCAGAUCAUUAUGGAGUUGGAAAUUCUCCACCGGUGCAUCUCGCCAUUCAUCAUUGACUUUUACGGUGCCUUCUUCCAAGAAGGCGCUGUCUACAUCUGCGUCGAGUACAUGGAUGGUGGCUCGAUUGACAAGCUUUAUAAAGAGGGCAUCCCCGAGAGUAUCCUGCGAAAAGUGACGUUAUCGACAGUCAUGGGCCUCAAAUCCCUCAAAGACGACCACAACAUCAUCCACCGCGAUGUCAAGCCCACAAAUAUCCUCGUCAACAGUCGGGGACAGAUCAAGAUCUGCGAUUUUGGCGUCAGCGGAAACCUAGUUGCCAGCAUUGCGAAGACCAAUAUUGGUUGUCAGAGCUACAUGGCCCCCGAACGGAUAGCGGGUGGGGGUGUGCAGCAGGCCGGAUCGACCGGCGGCGGAACCUACAGCGUCCAGAGCGAUGUCUGGAGUUUGGGUCUGUCCAUUAUUGAAUGUGCCAUCGGGCGCUAUCCGUACCCGCCGGAGACCUUCAAUAACAUCUUCAGUCAACUACACGCAAUUGUCCAUGGCGACCCUCCUACCCUUCCGGAAUCUGGUUACUCCGAAGAUGCGCACGCAUUUGUCCGCGCGUGCUUGGACAAGGUCCCCAACAACCGGCCUUCCUAUAGCGUGUUGCUGCGACACCCCUGGCUUGCACCUCUCAUGCAACCGCCUUCAGCCGAGGACAGUCAAUCACAACAAGCGGCCGAACACCCGCCGUCCUCCGCCACCGAGGAUGAGGAGGUCGCCAACUGGGUCAAAGAGCAACUGGCCCGUCGCGGCGAGGCACCCGAGGCCGACAAGCCCGCUCUGCAUGCCGUGGCGCUAGACGCCGUCCCCGGCAGCCCUCUACUCGACGACCCUUCUACGAUGAGUCUGCCAGCCUGA